CAGGUCGGGCAAUCGCUGAGAAUAGGCGGCUGGGUGAAGACUGGCCGCGGCGCUGGGGGCGGUGAGUGGGUCUUCUUGGAAGUCAACGAUGGGUCUUGCUUCAACAGCAUGCAGGUUGCAGAGGCUGUGGGAGGUUUCACCGCACUGACUCCCUCGGGUACGAGCGUGCUGCUUGAAGGCCAGCUCGUGAAGGCCCCAGAGAACGCCAAGCAGAAAGUGGAGCUGAAGGUCUCCAAGGUGGUGCACGUGGGGGCCUGCGACAACAGCGCGGGGAACUACGCGCUCGCGAAGAAGAAGAUGACGAUGGAGUUUCUGCGCGGCCUCAUGCAUCUGCGGCCCCGCACCAACACUAUCGGGGCGGUCGCGCGCAUACGCAACGCGCUGGCGGUUGCGACGCACGAUUUCUUCCAGUCACAUGGCUUCCUGUACGUGCACACGCCACUCAUCACCUGCUCUGACUGCGAGGGCGCCGGAGAGAUAAAUUGCGGUGCACAGGUGACGACCCUGCUGUCAAAGGCGGAGCAGGCUGACAAGGAGCCCAAGGUGACAGAGGAGGAAGUUCAAGCGCUGGAGGCCAAUGUUUCUGCGCAGGGGCAGGCCGUAGCUGCUGCCAAGGCAGCUGACAAGGCGCUGCAGAAGGCGCUGAGCGCAGAGGUCAACAAGCUGCAGAAGGCCAAGGCCGCGCUGGCCGCCAAGAAGGAGAGGGCCGAGCUGCAGGCGCGGAUGGUGGGGGGCAUCGAGCGGCUGCCGGACGGCCGCAUCGAUUACACAGGAGACUUCUUUGCCAGGCCCUCUUACCUUACCGUGUCCGGGCAGAUGAAUGCGGAGUACUAUGCGUGCGCGCUGUCCAACGUGUACACGUUCGGGCCCACCUUCAGGCGCGCCCUUUUUUUCCUCCUUUUUUGCUUUUGCAACAGCCACACUGCGCGCCACCUGGCGGAGUUCUGGAUGAUUGAGCCGGAAAUGGCCUUCGCUGACCUGGAGGAUGACAUGCGUUGCGCUGAGGACUACGUGCAGCACUGCUGCCGCCACCUGCUCGCCACCUGCAUGCCGGACCUGGAGUUCAUAAACAAGCAGGUGGACUCGGGGGCGAUUGCGCGGCUGCAGCAGAUUGCGCACACGCCCUUUGAGCGCGUGACAUACACGCGCGCCAUCGAGAUCCUGGAGGAAGUCGUCAAGUCCAAGAAAAAGAAGUUUGAGUUCCCGGUGGAGUGGGGCAUAGAUCUGGCGAGCGAGCACGAGCGCUACCUGACGGAGGAGGUAUUCAAGAAGCCGGUGAUUGUGUACAACUACCCCAGCGCCAUCAAGGCAUUCUACAUGCGCCAGAACGACGACGGCAAGACAGUGGCCGCCAUGGACGUGCUGGUUCCCAAAGUGGGGGAGCUCAUCGGGGGGUCCCAGAGGGAGGACCGCCUGGAGGUGUUGGAGGCACGGCUGAAGGAGGCAGGCAUGCCGCUGGAGCCGUACAGCGGGUAUCUGGACCUGCGCCGUUACGGGAGCGUGCCCCACUCCGGAUUUGGCCUGGGCUUUGAGCGCCUGAUCCUGCUCGCGACCGGCAUGGACAAUAUCCGCGAAGUCAUCCCCUUCCCCCGCUGGCCCGGCCACGCCGAGUACUGA